GGUGUUUUGGGUGGACGGUUGCGGUGCUUCGUCCCGCUGAAGGUUGUGUGGCGCUGCUCCCCCUCCCUGACCAGGCUCCCCCUCCACCACCUCUCACAUCCAACAGGAGCAGUAUGGGUCUGGCCACACGAUUAGGUAUGAGGACCCGUCGGGCACGUCUGCGGCCACUCUUGUUGGCCACCUUCACUUAUCUGGGGCUGGUGACCUUGUUGACCCAUGGCCACACACUCCUGCACCACCCAGGAGAGCCAGCCGAGCCCGUAGCAGCAGCCGAGUCCUCGUUAUCGCCAAUCUCCCCACGACGAUACCUUCUUCAGGAGUCAUCAUCGCCGCCCAUGAGGGAGAACUGUACACCUCCCGCCAUCGAACAGUUCCCUACAGGGUUCAUGUCUGCCGAGACGAAAAGCGGCCUUAUCGUACACAUCAUCAUUACUGUGUACAUGUUCGUAGGCAUCGCUGUUGUGUGUGACGAAUACUUUGUGCCCUCCCUCGAGAUGAUCUGUGACAAACUACAUCUGAGUGAGGACGUAGCCGGGGCCACCUUCAUGGCAGCAGGGUCCUCGGCGCCUGAGCUGGCUACCUCCGUCAUCGCCGUCUUCGUCGCCAAGGAUGACAUCGGAAUCAGUGGGGUGAUCGGGUCGGCAGUGUUCAAUAUCAUGUUCGUCAUCUCGGUGUGCGCCCUGUUCGCUGGCCGAGUGAUCGCUAUCAACUGGUGGCCGCUCAUCAGGGACUCCACUUAUUACUGCAUUGCUAUCUGCGCUCUCCUCCUUACCAUAUACAAUGAGGAAGUGACCUGGUAUGAGAGCCUUUUCUUGCUGGUGCUGUAUGUGCUGUAUAUAGUGAUGAUGUGGAACAACUCGAGGCUGGAGGCAUGGGCCAACACCCUCAACAUGCCCUUCAAGAACGCUACCCGGGAGGAGAAGUCUUCGCUGUUUGGCACUAAACCUUUACCUUCUGUGGGUGAGACUGAUCUCAAGGAGGGCGACCCUGCCAAUCCUGACAUGGAGGGCCAAGGUGGUGAAGGGGUGCCCAAGCAGGUGGAGGCAGCAGAAGUGGAAGCAGCGACCACCAGGUCUAUGGCUCCUGAGAUGAAGGAUGACGACUGGUCACCAUGGACAGUGCCUGUGGGUGUUUGUGAGCGCAUAACCUGGGCUCUGUCUCUGCCGCUGGUUGCCCUCCACUAUUUCACCACCCCAGACUGCCGCAGGAGCAGCUUCCGUCAUUGGCAUCUUGUCACCUUCACCAUGAGUAUGAUCUGGAUUGCUGCCUAUUCCUACAUCAUGGUCUGGAUGAUUACAGUCAUUGGCUUCUCCCUUGGAAUCCCUGACACUGUCAUGGGUCUGACGCUUAUUGCUGUUGGUGUGUCUGCUCCUGAUGCUCUCUCCUCUCUCUGUGUGGCCAAACAAGGCUUUGGUGACAUGGCAGUGAGCAAUGCAAUAGGGAGUAAUGUGUUCGACAUCCUGCUGUGUCUAGGUCUGCCAUGGUUCCUGAAGACGGCCAUCAUCUACCCUGGCACUACAGUCCCCGUUGAGAGCAGAGGUCUGUUGUACUCAACGGUAUCCCUCUUCUCAACGGUAAUAUUCUUGAUCGUCGCCACGCACAUGAACGGCUGGAAGCUGGACAAGAAAUAUGGUGUAGUACUGAUGUUCUGGUACCUCAUCUUCAUGGUGUUUGCCAGCCUCUAUGAGCUCAAUGUGUUUGGCUACCUUAACCCACCUGAGUGCCCAAGUUCUUACUGAGCUCCUUCACUGAAGUUUCAGGCUACUUUUAUCAAAGCUUCUGCAUAGUUGAAAGUCAUUUGCAUAUGCUGUAAUUUUUUGGAGGUGUUCCAGAAAUGAAGGUUUUACUGUAGAUUGUAUUGAGGUAUUAUGUAUUGCAUGUAGUGUACUGUACAGUAUUAUCUUCACUUAAUGUAUGUUGUCAUUUUCAACUUUGACACAGAUUUACACUUGUAGACUUCAUCAUUAUGAGUUUUCAGUUACAUACAUAAUUGCUGUGAGAAGUUUAAGUUGAAUUUCCGAAAAUUCAUUAUGCUGAUAUAUUAAGAGGUCUAUAUUUUAAAUCAGAAAAUGAAUAAUGAAAUAGAUUUAUCAUUUAGAAGUGUGUGCCAGUUCAAAGUCAUUAAGAAAGACCUUGAAAUUUAACUUGAUAUUCUAGCAGUAGAUAAAAAUUAUGUUAAUGUGUAGAGUCACUUUAGAAUGGGAUCCUGAACAGAUUAUGAAGAACAUUAUGAUUUUGCCCCCUUGCAAUGAUAGUUUUGAUAUACCACAAGUGAAUAGAAGUUUUGUAUCAUCACUGUUGCUUCCAUCAUAAAGAAAACCUUCUCUUUCCUGUUGAACAUGGAUGGAUGCUACAAGCUUGAAACUUUGUACAUGAUAAAAGCUUUUUAGGCCCAACAUAAGAGUGUCUUUCUAACUUUAUGGAGGUUAAUUAAUAGAGUAUAUUUGUGGUUGCUUUUGCCUGCAGUUAUAACAAAACUUAAGCUAUUGAUAAAUGAAGAUGUUGAGCUCAUAUUCAUAAUAAUUCAAAGGUAGCGUUGAGGAGCUCAGUGUGAGAAUAUCUUUAUAAGCUUUUGGAGGAUUUAUGAGUUCAAGAUAUCCUUUUGAUUCAUCUUAUUUAGACUUCAGAGUUUGGGUAUCAGUAAGCUUUGUGAAGGUUCAUUAUAUUAACUUUCCCAGCUAUUGCAAGUUUAAUAUAGAGAGACUUUUAUUGUUAUUGUUGUCUGGACUUUGUAUUGAUAAAUGCCUGUGGGUUUUAGGUGUCAAGAGUUGCAAAAUCUGUUUUUUAAGUUGCCUGGAGAUAUCUGAUUAACAUUUUUCACAGCAAUUGUUACAAGCAGUAACAACUAACUUUGGGGUUCCAGAGUUUGUAGAUAACUCAAGUUAUUGAGUGUCGAGGGAUAUUAUCCCUGUCAGUUGUUGUGACUCAAGAGUUAACACAUAACUAUAUCUUAGUAAGGUUGAAGGGACACCUCUGUCAAACCUCGAAAUUUAAUUAUUAAAGAUAAUUUAAGUUUUUGAGGGUUAAGGAACACUGCAGUCAGUGUCUGAAAUGUCAGUGUGUGAAUGAUGCUCCAUAAUUAUGUACCUACAUGUUUUCUUGCUGGCUUCUGCUGAAGGGAUACCAGGUACAGUUGUGUGUGUCAUAAUUCUUGUUCCUCCCACACAAUAAAGUGUUGUGCAUAAUUUUCA